GUAGCCUGUGCUGUAUCGCCUCCUACAACGCUAAAAACUCCAUGGCCAAUGGUAAAAUUUUAAAUGAGGUGGUUAGCUCAUCUACCUUCAGCGACCCGUCAACUGUUUCCAUAAAUGAAAACCCCUUCAUCUUUUUCUUUUCCUUCUUUUAUAGCUGCUUCUGCUUCGUUUUGUUCUUGUUUUAUACGUGGGUUCCUAUAAAUCCCGCAUUUCUCGACCCCAAAAUCUUCCAACCAAAGCUCUUCCAAGAUGGAGCUUGAAUUAGUCGAGCAGCUUAGAUCUCAGCCACUCUGGGUUUGCUUACUCUUUGCACUGGGUUCUCUCUCGGCUCUCAAAUUCUCUUUAAUUUUUCUGAAAUGGAUCUAUGUCAAUUUCCUCAGACCCCCGAAGAACCUCAAGAAAUACGGGUCCUGGGCGCUCGUCACUGGUCCCACUGACGGAAUCGGUAAGGGUUUCGCGUUCCAAUUGGCCCGCAAAGGGCUCAAUCUGAUUUUGGUGGGCCGAAACCCUGACAAGCUCAAGGACGUCUCGGAUUCAAUCGUCGCGAAGUACGGCAGCGUCCAGAUCAAGAACGUCGUCGUCGAUUUCUCCGGCGACCUUGCCGAAGGCAUUAAGAGGAUCGGCGAAGCCGUCGAAGGGUUGGAUGUGGGGGUUUUGAUUAACAACGUGGGGGUUUCGUAUCCGUAUGGGAGGUAUUUUCACGAGGUGGAUGAGGAGCUUCUGGAAAACCUAAUCAAGGUCAAUGUCGAGGGCACCACCAAGGUGACUCAAGCUGUUUUGCCUGGAAUGCUCAAGAGGAAGAGAGGCGCCAUAGUUAAUAUUGGUUCUGGCGCUGCCAUUGUCAUUCCCUCGGAUCCACUCUACGCCGUCUACGCCGCCACUAAAGCGUACAUUGACCAAUUCUCGAGGUGCCUGUAUGUUGAGUACAAGAAGAGUGGAAUUGAUGUGCAAUGUCAGGUCCCGUUAUAUGUUGCUACAAAGAUGGCGUCUAUUCGAAGAUCAUCCUUUUUCGUUCCUUCAACAAAUGGAUAUGCAGCAGCAGCUCUCCGCUGGAUUGGGUAUGAGCCUCGCUGCACACCUUAUUGGCCCCAUCAACUUCUUUGGGGUUUGGCGUACUCGUUCCCGGAGUCUGUUGUUGAUUCUUGGCGCCUGAAGUUUUGCCUUGGUAUCAGAAAGAGAGGACAACUCAAAGACUCUAAGAAAGAGUAGGAAGAUUUGUAGUUCUAAUUUCUGGAGAAAAAAGAACCUUUCUCCUUAGUGUCAGCUACUUUGUUGAGGAUUGAAACACUAGCAUGAUAGAUUGAAUGUUUGGAGUUUCAUUCUCCUUUGAUGAUCUUUCGAUAUAUUUCUUCAAUUUAAGGUUAGCCUUUUCAAUUUUCUUUUUGAGAAAGGAAAAUAACAAACGACUUUACUUAUCGACCAAAAUAUGUCAGGUUGUACUAGUGUGUCAUUGAGUUCUAAGAUAAAUGGAAAAGAACAAUUAAUCUUUUGAGAAA